AUGCAGGUGAUCAACACCCCCUUCGAGGCCUCGCAGGUCCCGCCCCUCUUCGCGGGCAUCUUCAACAGCCUGGGCAUCUGGCCCCUCCUCUACGCCGCCGUGCUGCUGCCUGGGGCGGCGGGCCAGUCCACCAUCCCCGCGGCCCCCUUCUGCGCCGGCUCCUUCUUUCUUGGCGCUUUCGCCCUGUCCCCCUACCUCGCCCUCCGCGAGUACCGCGGGAAGCCCGGAGAUCACAGGAGGAAAAGGGAUUGGCCCACCCGCAACGUGCUGGAGUCGCGCUGGAACGCCGUCCUCGCACUCGCCGGCACCGCCUACCUGGCGCUCUACGCGCUCGGGAACGGCACCAUCGGCGCCGUUGCCCCCGAGGCGGCAUGGGCCGGCUUCCUGCCGCUGUUCACGCAGAGCCUCACAGCGCACGUCUCCUCGGUGGAUUUUAUGGUUCUUUGGAUGUUCUUCCCCCCGGUGCUGCUGGAGGACGGCCGCCGGCGCGGGCGUUUCGCGGGGCCCCCGGGCGAGUGGGCGUCGGCGGAGAAGGCACUCUUCGCAUUCUGCGCCGCCGUGCCCGUGGUCGGCGGGGGGGUCUGGCUGCUGCUGCGCCCGGAGCUGGCGCAAGGCGGCGAGGAGUGA